AUGCGUGUUCUCUUCUGGAACAUCAAUGGAGUUGCUCGUGAGGCAGCCAGAGACAAGCUGAAGGAGUUAAUUAAAGAUUUUAAGCCUGAUAUAUUCUGCAUUGCAGAACCUAAGGUUUAUUGUUCUGAUAAAUUUGUGCAAGGUUUACAUAUUUCUGGUUAUAUGAGAAACGUUAUUCAUAAUUCUGUUGGGAGGUUGAAAGGGAAUAUUUGGAUCUUUUGGUCUGAGGAGAUGGUAAUGCCUAAUGUAAUAAACUCUAGCAAACAAGCUGUUACAAUUGAAGUUGAUGGUGUUAUGAUCUCUUUCAUUCACGCAAGCUGUAUUCAAGUCACUAUAAGAAACUUAUGGCAGCAACUGUCUUCACGUGAUUGUACAACUCCUUGGUUAGUCAUGGGAGAUUUCAACUAUGUCUUACAUAAUGAGGAAAAACGAGGAGGGCGUGAGCCUAGAACUUCUGUCAUCAAUGAAUUUGCUGAUUGGAUGGAUGAUAAUGAUCUCUUUGAAGCAGACUCCUUGGGUUCUAAAUUCACUUGGGCUAAUGGUCAAUCAGGUGUAAGAAGAAUUCUUUGUAAAUUGGAUAGAGCCUUGAUUAAUGAAGCUUGGCUGAAUAAAUUUGAGAACUGGAGAUGUAAGGCUCUCCCUAGGGAAGUAUCCGAUCACUCUGCAAUUAUUGGUUUUCCUAUUACUUUUUUGAGGCCAAAAAGAGCUCCUUUCAGGUUUCAAAAGAUGUGGUUUGUGCAUAAUGAUUUCAUGAGAUUGGUUAAGGAGAACUGGAAUGCUCCUGUUUUAGGUUCUCCGGCUUUUAUCUUUCCCUUCAAGCUUAAGAGAUUGAAGAUCGGUCUAAAAGAAUGGAAUAUGAGGGUUUUUGGUAAUGUUCAUGCUAGGUUUAAGCAAGCUAAACUGACUUUAGAAGUUGCUCUUCGUAUUUCUGAUGAAGAUCCUGAGGAUGUUAGCAAGCUUAAUGCUGCUAAAGAUGCGUCAAUUAUUCUCCAAGACAUUAGAGCUCAACAAGCCAUUAUGUUAAAACAAAAAACAAGAAGUAAAUGGUUGUUGGAGGGUGCAAGUAAUACUUCUUUCUUUCAUGCCAAUACUAAAACUCGUAGGAGCAACAAUAUGAUUUCUGAAUUGGUAGAUGGUAAUGGGAAUGUUCUAACAGAUUUUGAACAAAUUCGAGACCAUGUUGUGUCUUUUUAUGAGGCUAAAUUUAAUGGUUCAGACCUGACUAUAGAGGAAGAUCUGUUUGAGUAUGAGCACAACAUUAUUUCUGUUGAAGACAGUCAAAGAAUGGAUGCAAUUCCGACUCUUGAUGAAUUUAAAGAGGCGGUUUUUAAUCUUGGAGCUGACAGUGCGCCUGGCCCUGAUGGUUUCUCUGGGUGUUUCUACAGACAUUGCUGGGAGAUAAUUCAGCAAGACCUCUAUAAUGCUACCAUUUAUUGCUGGACAGUGAAGGUUAUUCCUCAAGGUACUAAUUCUAGUCUCUUGAUUUUAAUUGCCAAGGUAAAAGGAGCAAACACUCUUAAUAAUUUUCGGCCUAUUGGUCUUAGUAAUUUUUUCUUUAAAAUUUUCACUAAGAUCCUAGCUACUAGACUUGGUAGUGUCCUUGAUAAUCUUGUUUCAGAAGAGCAAGUUGCGUUAAUGAAGGGGCGUAACAUUCAUGAAAACAUAAGUGUUGCUUCAGAGAUGGUUAAUGAUAUUAAGACAAAACGUAAGGAUGGCAAUGUUGGUCUCAAGCUUGAUAUUACUCAAGCUUUUGAUACGGUUAGCUGGUCUUUUGUCUUGGAGGUCUUUCGGAGGUAUGGUUUUUCUGACAAUUGGUGCUCUUGGAUUCUUUCAAUUCUGAACUCGGCGCGUAUUUAUAUUCUUCUAAAUGGUAACCCAGAAGGAUUCUUCAAGAUUAAUAGAGGUCUAAGACAAGGUGACCCCUUAUCUCCUCUGAUUUUUGUCCUAAUUGAAGAUGUGCUCAGUAGAAAUCUUACCAAGCUUUUUCUAGAAAAGAAGAUGACUCCUAUGCUCUCUAAAAGAGGUAUUUCUCCCACUCAUCUCUUCUUUGCUGAUGACAUUAUGAUCUUUUGUAAGGGCAACAUGAAGAGCUUGAAUAACCUUCUUGUUUUGCUUGGUAAAUAUCAAGCGGCCUCUGGUCAAUCUGUUUUUCGUCAUAAAAGUAAGGUAUAUUAUGGUGGAGGUUCGUUGAGUAGAUGCAGAACUAUAACUGAUUUACUUGAUAUGAGUGUUACUACUUUCCCUGAUAGAUACUUGGGUGUGCAAAUUAUGCUUGGUGCAGUUCGAUAUCGUCACAUAAGCAACGUUAUUGAUAAAAUCAAAAAUCAACUUGCUGUUUGGAAAGGUAAACUUCUUUCUUUUCAAGAUAGAAUUGUUCUAAUUAACUCAGUGAUUGCUAGUUACACCAUUCACAACAUGGCCGUCUAUAAAUGGCCUAAGAAGUUCAUUCAACAAGCUGAAAGAGUGAUUCGUAACUUUCUUUGGUCUGGUGAUGCGGAGAUAGCUAGAAAAUUUGUUGUUGGUUUUCCUAAAGUUUGUUGUCCUUUGAAAGAAGGUGGCUUAGGUAUUACGAGCAUGGAAACCACCAAUAGAGCUAUGCUUAUGAAGUUGUGGUGGAGUAUUCGUUCUUCUCAAAAAAAAUGGGCGCGUUUCUUAUGGGCGAAAUAUACUUAUACUUGUGGGAGAUUGAAGCGUUAUGGUGUUAAAUCCUCUAUAUUUCCAGGGAUUAAAGUAGUUCAGAAUCUGGUUGAUAAUAACACUAAAGUUCUUCUUGGUGAUGGAAGAUCAACAUCUCUUUAUUAUGAUGUUUGGUAUGGUACUCAAAGCAUUGCUGAUAUAUUAGGAAACCAUGAACUGGAUUUUUCUACCAAGGUGAGUGAUAUUCUUAUUGAUAAUGCUUUGCAUCUUCAAGGAGUUCACGGUCAGGUGUUGAUGAAUGCUGGUGUUGAAGCCUCAAAUAUGCCAGUUUUACGUGGAGGAGUUGACUGCAGGGUCUGGAUGCAUGAUUUACAUGGGGUUUUCACGGUUAAAUCAGCCAAGGAGCUUAUUAGGAAGAAGUAUACAGUUUUGGAGGAUUUUGGCUUGCUAAGGAGGAAGUCUAAUCACCCUAAACUUGCUGCACAAAACUGGAAACUCUGCCGAGAAGCUUGCGCAACUUCUGACAAGAUCAGAAGUAGGUUUAAAGUGGAAUUGUCCAAUAGAUGUUACUUGUGUAAGUGUGAAGAGGAAUCCUUAUAUCAUAUUUUGUGGACUUGUUCUUAUGCAACACAAGUUUGGGAGUGGAUUGCAGGUAUUUUCUCUCUUCAACCUCAUUUUAAUAUUGUUGAUGCUUACAAAGUUUCAAAAGGAAGAAGUAGAAUUACCAAAGAUCUUUGGCUGUUAUCAAUCCUAGUUGUUCGUGCUGAACUGUGGCAUGCUAGAAAUCUGGAAUAUUUUGAAAACAAAAGCAUAAGCAUUCAUUUUUUCAAGCAAAGAGUUUUUUCAUCAGAUUCAUGA